UCCAAAAUAUUAGCCCAUUUUUGCUGUGUGUGUCCCUGUCACAUAGUUGUUUUUUGUCACAGCCGGCAACCGCCGUAUUUCGCCGUAAAAUCCAAGAUUCCGGUGGGUUAUAUUCUUUUUGAGUUUUUGACAAGUGGGUUGGUGUUAGUUUCUUGAUAUAGUUGAUAAAAAUACAAACUUUAUAUAUAAAUAUAUAUUUAUACACACAUCUUUGUUGCGUGUUUCUUGAAAUUUAUCUUUUUUUAAGGAAGCCCAUUUGGUUAAAUUAUAGAGAAAGUUUCAUUCUUUUAUGGUUUUCCUUUCUGGGUUUGCUUUGAAAUUUGAUAUUCUGUAAGUGUUUGUUGUUUUCUUGAAAAAAAUAUGUAUACAGCUAUAUACAUAUAGUUGUGUAUUACUUAAAGCAAAGUAUAGUAUAUAUAUUUGUGUUUUCUUUUCUGGGUUAGUCUUAAAAUUUGAAAAGUUUUGAGGAUUUUUGGAAUCUUGGAAAAAUAAGAUAGAUACAGAUAGUUGUAUGCAUAUAUAUGUUGUAGUGGGAGAAUGGUGACGAUUGUGGCUUCACAGAAAAGUUCGAUAAAGGCGGUUUUCGAAAGAGUUGGAGUAUAUGGUUUUGGUGGUGGCAGUGGUGUUAAUGGACAGAAAAGGUUAAGAUAUGAAAUGCAUGAAGAAGGUGACACUAUGGAAAUGGUGCAACUUGGUGCUGAUAGAACUAAGAAUGUGCUUAUUUUGAUGAGUGAUACUGGUGGCGGUCACCGGGCCUCAGCUGAGGCGAUUCGUGAUGCAUUCAAGAUGGAAUUUGGGGAUGAAUAUAGGAUAUUUGUUAAGGAUGUUUGGAAGGAAUAUACGGGUUGGCCUCUAAACGACAUGGAAAAUCAGUACAAGUUCAUGGUAAAGCACGUCCAGCUUUGGAGUGUAGCGUUUCAUGGCACUUCUCCACGAUGGAUACAUGGUGUUUAUCUUGCUGCUAUUGCCGCCUUUUAUGCCAAGGAGGUAGAGGCUGGUUUAAUGGAGUACAAACCGGAUAUUAUCAUAAGUGUUCAUCCUCUAAUGCAACACAUUCCUUUAUGGGUUCUUAAAUGGCAAGGAUUGCAAAAGAAAGUCAUCUUUGUGACUGUUAUUACCGAUCUUAAUACAUGCCACCGAACAUGGUUUCACCCGGGGGUGAAAAGAUGCUACUGUCCUUCGGAAGAGGUAUCAAAAAGAGCUUUGUUAGACAAGUUAGAACCAAACCAAGUACGAGUAUUCGGAUUGCCUGUUCGGCCUUCUUUUGCCCGUGCUGUUCUCAACAAGGAUGACUUACGAGUAGAGCUAGAACUGGAUCCAGUACUACCUGCGGUUCUUUUGAUGGGAGGUGGUGAAGGAAUGGGACCCGUGAAGAAAACAGCAAAGGCUCUUGCAGAGUCUUUGCUCGACAAAGAAACUGGAAAACCAUUAGGUCAAAUGGUAAUAAUAUGUGGUCGAAACAAAGCCUUAGCUUCUUCACUCGAGUCUUUGGAAUGGAAGAUACCGGUUAAGGUAAGAGGAUUUGAGACACAGAUGCAGAAAUGGAUGGGUGCUUGUGACUGCAUCAUUACCAAGGCUGGACCUGGCACCAUUGCAGAAGCACUAAUCAGAGGGCUUCCGAUUAUCCUGAAUGACUAUAUUCCUGGACAAGAAAAAGGCAACGUCCCAUACGUGGUGGGAAAUGGUGCAGGUGUCUUCACCCGAAGCCCAAAGGAAACAGCUCGGAUAGUAGCUGGAUGGUUCAGCACCAAUUCAGAUGAGCUCAAAAAAAUGUCCGAGAACGCCCUCAAGUUAGCUCAACCCGAGGCAGUGUUUGACAUUGUGAGGGACAUCCAUGACUUGGCGGGUCAACGCGGGCCCCUUGCUGACGUUUCUUACGUUUUAACGUCAUCAUUCACGGACUUAAUUUAGGGAAAUGUACAUGUAACUCUAUAGAAAUUAUUACCUACCAAUCUACCAUUCUUUGAGCUUUACUGAAAAGCUUUUGUGUGUUGAAAAUUGUAAGUUUUGUGGUUAUGAAUUUAGUACUUUUAGAACUUGAA